CCAUUGGAUGAGACCCUGUACACAUUUUUAUGUAUUGUAGGAGCGUCGCCUUGUCGGGGUGGCAUGCUCUCUAUACAAGGCUGGCACGAGGCUUUAUAGGGAUUUCUAUCCAAUAACGGUUCAUUUGAUUGACGCUAUACUCGUUGUGCUGCAUUCGAUUGAGUGUGUUUGUUUUGAACUGGAAGUCUUGGUCUUGCAUGUGCUUUUUUUUUUUGCAUGUGUUUAUAUUCGGGACGAGACGCUUGGGUGCCUUUCUGAGACCGAGGCGCAUCCGUAUAGUUGUGGGUUUGCUCCGGAGCAGCUCGUGCGCUGAGUGUGUCCGUGUCCCAGGCUCUGAAGUGAACCGGGUCAGAAUGGGACACGGCGGCGGGACACUGGGCUUCACUGUGACGCUGCUCUGCGCCGCAGCGCUCUGUCUCUCGGCUGAGAGCCGCAGGGGGAAUAAACAGCCCCGCUGCCCCGUGGGAUGCACGUGCACCAAAGAUAACGCCUUGUGCGAAAACAUCAGGACUGUUCCGAACACCUUCCCUCCGGACGUCGUCUCACUAUCCUUCGUGAAGUCCGGCUUCAGUGAAAUCGCCCCAGGAAGCUUCCUCCACACGCCGUCUCUUCAGCUGCUCUUGUUUACAGCCAACACUUUUGACUCUAUUGAUGAAGAUGCGUUUCAGGGCCUGCCACAUCUGGAGUACUUGUUUAUUGAAAACAACAAAAUCGAGUCCAUGUCACCUUUGGCCUUUAGAGGUUUGAAAUCUCUCCUUCAUCUGAGUCUUGCCUAUAAUAACCUUGAGACGUUACCCAAAGAUGUUUUCAAGGGGAUGGAUGCCUUAACAAAAGUGGAUCUUCGAGGGAACAUGUUCAUCUGUGAUUGUAAACUGAAAUGGCUAGUUGAGUGGAUGCACAACACCAACGCGACAGUGGACCCGAUACACUGUAGCGGGCCGCCGCUUUAUCAAGGGAGGAAGAUCAACGAGCUGAUGCCUCAGGCGUUUGACUGUAUAACUGCAGAGUUUGUUUCCAAGAAGACCCUGAAGUUCGAGUCUAUCUCAGCGGAGACCUUCACUGUUGGGAACGAUCAGUAUGCGGUGUUUGCACAGCCUUUUGCGGGAACAUGUAGCUUCAUGGAAUGGGACCACGUCAACAUGGAGUUCAGACCUUUUGACAGUAUAGAGAGUACCUCCACCGUGGUCUGUAAGCCAAUGGUGAUUGAUGACCAGCUUUUCAUUAUUGUCGCAAAACUGUUUGGGGGCUCACACAUUUACAAGCGGGACACAUCAGCCCACAAGUUCAUCAAGAUCCAAGACAUUGAUAUCCUGAAGAUCCGCAAGCCCAACGAUGUCGAGACGUUCCGCUUGGACGGCGAGUGGUUCUUCGCAAUUGCUGACAGCUCCAAAGCAGGCUCCACUACUGUGUACAAGUGGAACGGCAACGGCUUCUACUCACACCAGUCUCUACAUCCGUGGCACCGUGACACGGAUUUGGAGUAUCUGGAGAUCGGUGGCAAACCUCAUCUGAUCCUGUCCAGCAGCUCGCAACGGCCCGUCGUCUAUCAGUGGAGCCGGAGCCAGAGGUUUGAGCGGCGCACAGACAUCCCUGAGACGGAGGACGUAUAUGCCGUGAAGCACUUCAGAGCCAGGGGUGAGCUUUAUAUCUGCCUGACACGCUUCAUUGGCGACUCGAAGGUGAUGCGGUGGGAUGGUGCCAUGUUCACCGAGGUGCAAAGUGUGCCAUCACGUGGCUCCAUGGUCUUCCAGCCUGUGACAGUCGGAAGCUGGCAGUAUGCCAUCCUGGGCAGCGACUACUCACUCACGCAGGUCUACCAGUGGGACUCCAAGAAGGGCCGCUUUGUGCACUUCCAGGAGCUGAACGUCCAAGCCCCAAGGGCUUUCUCCCUGGUAUCCAUUGACAACCAUGAGCUCCUGCUCGCCUCCAGUUUCAAAGGGAGGACACAGAUCUAUGAGCACCUCAUCAUCGAUCUGAGUAAUUGAAGCAAUGCUUGAAGGUUUUUUGCUGAAAGUGCCCGGGGACAGACCGAUGGAGACGCGCUUGCUGUCAGGACUCACGUGCGUUAUCUAGAUGACUAACGAUGCUUCCAGAUGACCGCCUCUCUAGAGGUUCUUUGUGUCCUCCACCAUUGUUGUCAUCAUCUAGUCUGCACUUUUCAGUUUUGCUCUUUUUAACCCCUCCUCCUCUUAACAAAAGCCAUUGUCCAUGUAUUAUCUCCCUCUGAACAAAAGCUAGAGGGACAAUAAUAAAGAAACACAAAACUGCAAAUUAAGUGAUUAACUGUUGACACCAUAAUAGGUUGGCCAGGAAAUUGUUGACAGAUUUUUUUUUUUUUUUUUUUUUUUUACUGUAGUCUUAAACAGUUUGUAACUUUUAUACAAAAAAAACUUAAUCUGACUGACAAUGUUUUUUACACUAAUUAUGGUAGUUUGAACAGACAAUUUUGUAAUCAGGUUAAUCAUACUGCAUUGAAUUUAGACGUGAUAGUAUUUUGUAGGUAUGUCAUUUUAAACAGAAGGUUUUUAGCCGUGUAAUUGUUUGUUCUUUGUCGUUACUGUGUAGAAAUAAUAAACCACUUUAAUAUAAA